AAGUCUAACUGCUAUUACUAUGGCUAUAAUGUUAAUUCCCCAGAAUUUUAAGUGACAAUUUUUCCAGGUCUCUGUGGAAAUGCCCAAAGAUUGCUCAGAUGUAUGCAAAACAUGUAUUUCCUGAAGAGCUAAAUCUCUCCAUUCAUUAAGCAUAAUUUUAGUGAGAGAGACGUUUAAUGGAUAUCAGUGGCAUUGUGGCGAAAGUUUUUUGUGAGUUCCCAUUUUCAAUCUGCACCUUUUGCUUAAUUUCAGUUUCAGUUCCUCUGGGCAUUCUAAGUGGUGUGAUAGUGAGAACCUUUUUUUGAAAACUGGAUAUUCCAUUUUGAUUCAUCCUAAGGGUUAUUUUAAUUUUUAAAAAGUCCAUACUGUCCCCAGUUUGAGCAAAUGAACCAAUGUAGCAGCAGAUGAGAUGGCAGAAGGAGCGCCAGCAGUGAACUUUUAAUCAUUGUGUGUGUGUGAUUAAAAUGAUUUGGCUUUGUCUAGGGCUUCCCGUCUCGUCGAUGGUCUUUCGAUAUAUAAAAGGCAUAAAAUGAAGCCUGGAUAUUGAAGCUCAACAAGGACGGCGGAUUCUGCAUUAAGAAGGAAGCCUUAUGACAUGGCUGUUCUUGUUCAAAACCCACAGAGAGAACUGUAAAAGGGCUAAGGGCCUGUGAUGACAGUUUUCAGUGUGCCAGCAUCCCUCCUUUACAAGCUUGAACAGGAACUGGAUACAGAUGAAAAGGAAACCGUGGUCUUCUUGUGCAGCGAUCUCGUGCCUGACGAAUCUAUCUCUGAUGUCCUACAACUCUUGACAGCUUUGAACGAAAAGGAGAUUCUUACCACCAUCAACUUAUCUGAACUAUUGUACAGGCUGAAAAGAUUUGACUUGUUAAAGAAGUUCCUGGGGACUGGAAGAGCAGCUGUGGAAGUUAAUUUAGCCCAUCAUUCUCAGAUGUUGUCAAAAUACAGGGUGUUGAUGACUGAAAUCAAUGAAGAUCUGGACAAAGAAGACUUGAGAUCUCUCUCUUUCCUUCUGAAAAAUCAUCUUGGUAAAUCGCAUAAGGAGAAGAGUUUUCUGGCAAUUAUUACUGACUUGGAAAAGCUAGAACUGAUAUCUCCCAUGCAUCUGGAUUUAAUAGAAAAUGCCUUCCUGACCAUUCACAGGCGAGACUUGGCAAAAAAGAUUCAAAAGUACAAACUAGAAGCACGCUUUCCAAAUAUGAAUGCAAAAACUCUUCAGGUGUCCUUACCUAAGUUAUCUCUAGCUGACCCUCCAGAGCCCGUGAACAAGGGAAGAGUAAUGAAUGGAGCCAGUGCUGCUCAGGGUAAGCCCUGUUAUAUCUUUAUAGCCAUUCUGUCCCUGACUACUUUGGAAUAA